GACAUCCAUGAUGGUGCUGGGCGACUUCUUGAAGCGGCGAAUAGCCCCCCUGCAGCAGCGGUCCCGGAUGGCCUACAUGUACACAGGGCUAAAUGACUGCUGCAGGAUCGCACGGGGGCCCGGCGCCGACUUCACCAGAGCGGAGCUGGAGUCGGCGGUCCGGGUGAUGACUGGCGAGGUGUUCAGCCCAGAGUCCCUGGUCCUCCCGAGCGGGGUCAAGGCCCUGUGCGAGGACCAGGCGCUCCGGUCAUCAAUCCUAGCGGCGAUGCCGACCCUGGACGAGGGCGGCCUGGCGGUCCGGCAACUGGGAGGCGACCCCAACCGCGGGCUCCAGAUCCCCGGUGCCACACCGGACCGCCAGCAGCGUGCCAGCGAAGGUCCCGGGGAGCCCGGACCCGGAGGUCCGGCUCCCGCCGGGAAAGGAAAAGAGAAGGCGCCGGUGCCGGAGCACCAGCGCAAGGGCAAUCCGGGUUUUGCCCCGGCCCAGAGGGGCGAGGAGGCCCAGGGAGCGGCGCCCGCACAGAGCUGCCGAGGCGAAGGGAGCAAGUCCCGGAGGCUCCAGCGCGGCGACGGCUCCUUGGUCGGGGAACCGGCCCAAGUGACAGAAGACGGUGGGGGCGGAGGAGCGAAGCGGAGCUCCACCUCCUCCGCCACAACGCCAACAGCCGGAGAGGAGGCCGGAGGAGGCGCGACAGCCUCCUCCGAGGCAGCAGACUCCUCCACCACCACUGCCGACACGGAGUCCGGCGACACCACCACCACCAACCGACCCCAGGCCGCAAACCCCACCACCGCCGCCAGAAGCACCGGCGGCCGGGAACACCCGCCAGGGGCCCAGGGGGUCCUCGGUAGGGAGGAAGAUCCCCCCAGCCGCCCGGGGCAGAUGGGAGUGGUACGACUUCACGCCCCAAUCUUCUGAGGCACCAAUCGGGGGGUCCGGCCCCCAGCCAGUCCUCGGGGUCAGCUCCAGCAGGGCCCCCGCCUGGGACCGCUCCGGAAGCCUCCGGAACUAGGGGUCCGGAGCAGGAGGCCACCACACCGCC